UAGGCACUGUAGCCAUGGUCCUACGUGCUAGCUCAAGUUGCUAUAAUGGGAUACCAUAGUCGACGCCAGGUUGUUUGGUCCGUUUGUUUCCGGUAGAAGAGAUUUCUGCAGAACGUUGCGCACAAGAACCAUGAACCCAGUCACCUUGAGUUUACAACUACUUGGGGUCACUCGUGGUUUCUUUCAGACACGCAAAUGUCUAUGGAUCAGUCUCGUCACGGAUCAGUCUCGUCACGGAUCUGUCUCGUCACGUAUUUGCAACACACAUCAUGAUGACAACGAUCGGCCAUGGUCAACAACUAUAGAUUCUGGCUGGUCAUUUUUAUUUCAUCCCAAGGGCUUGCAGAUAUCUGGUCCACAGGAGAACAUGAACCCCAUGAAUAGCUGCAACUACUCAAAUAUCGCAAAGCGUCUCAUCUUUGUUCACUCGACACUGGUCUUUACAUAUUGGUUUGCAAUAAGAAAACCUCGAUGCUUACCAUUGCCACGAAGACCAUGGCCGGCGAGAUGUCUGCUCAACAAAUCGCCACAAAUAAUCACAAGUCAAUAAUCGACUGUACAAGCAUUGUGUAUAAGACCACAAUUGAUGAAACAACAGCGUUUCCUUGGUCGGCGAUAGGAGCAUUGCUUUUAUGAAUUUCUGUGACUUGCAGCCUGCAUAUUCCGCAAAACAACAAGGUCAUUGAUCCGCCAUCUAGACAAGCCAUUGUUCACCGUACGCAAUCGACGAUUCC